AUGUAUUUGGUUGUACAGCAGCAUUUACCGAGGUUACUUAGCUUAGUACUUGUAAAUGAACCUUAUUUGUGCCGACCACGGCCAAGUCAAGCCACUCACGUAUAUUCCUCGCUGUCCUCCUUGAAAACUCAUGGGAUUCAUGGGCAUUUUCCUCUUGUGUUGUGUUACGGAAUACCGUUGUACAGAGAGAAGGAGAGAGAGCACAAAGGCACCAAGAAAAACUCUACAGAGUAUGACAUAAAUCAGUUCAAACUACCAAGGACUGUACUCCAGGACAGUGGCACAAUAAUACAGAUGACACGAGUGACACGAACCCAUUUCUUAGAAAUCCGAGUUUCAGUCUGA